GAAAGUAAGCGACCUGCAAGUGAUGGCUACCGCUCUGGGCGGAAAUGUCGACAAAGACCUUGUGUUUAGCUGUCCUAUCUGUUUGGAGCCGGUCAAAACACCCAGAUGUUUACCGUGUCUACAUACGUUUUGCGAGUCCUGCAUCCAGACUUAUAUUUCUAGCACAGCCAUUCGUAAAGAAGAAGAGUAUCAGAGUAUUGAGUGUCCGGUAUGUCGCAAAGAAACCCGCCCACCAGCUAAGUGUAUGUCGUCUGAAGAAUGGGUCACGAAUUUACCCAUCAACUACCUGGUGAAUUCUGUUUCAGUGAAGUCAAGUGAAUCAGAAAAUUUUUGCGUUACAUGCAAGAGACAAGGCAAGGAUGUAGCUGCUAUUCAUUGGUGUAAGAAUUGUAUGGAGGAAAUUUGCGACGACUGUAAGACAUUACACAGUCAUGUAUCGAUCCUGCAGAAUCACACAAUUGUCAAACUUUCGGAGGCAAACGAUUGUCUGAAAAAUUUUGGUGUGGAUGAACCGUGCAGCAUACACCAAAAUAAAACUAUUGAAGUGUACUGCGGGGAUCACGAUAAAUUAUGUUGCAGCGUCUGCUUCGCAACCCAGCACAGGAGAUGUGAACGCGUCGAAGCAAUAGAGGAUGUUUCUAGCAGAUUUGAUCGGACUGAUAUGCAGGUCAGGUUAGAAAAGUUUUCUAAAUCCUUGGAUAUGCUUGAGAAUUUGCAAGAAAAUAACAGAGAACAAGUUGACAAAUUGAAGGCUCGGAAAGAAGUGAUAUGCAGAGAUGUUGCAGAUAAAAUUGAGAAAGAAAAGAAAGCUCUGGAUGAAGGUUUUGCUCAGUGGCAAAAACAGUUUGAACAAAAACAUGGCGAUUGUCUUCAAACUCUCGACAUUGCAUGCGACGAGAUGAGAAGGUUUUCCACCACGCUGAAACAAACAAGAUUUACAUUUUCCUUUCUGAAGGAGAAGGGGUCACUAAAACAGUUGUUUCUGAUGACACAUAGAUUAGAAUCACAAAUUGCGGAACACUUUCAAAGACUGAAAUUGAAGAUGGAAGUAGAAACAUUUUCUGACUACCAACACUCCAUGGGAAGUGAAUUAACUAAUUUUGUCUCAAAUAACAGGAAGAUCCCAGAUGUUAAAUGCAUUCAGUCACAAACAUCGUGUGGAACUGUGGCACAGCUGAGCAGCGUCGUGUCACCGCAUACUAGUAGUUCACUUUCACCCAAACCGUGGCUGGCGAACAUGGAUCUAAUGAAAAUUAUUCCUCAAAAGGUAUCCGAACAGGACUGCGGAUAUCUGUAUCAUGGUCUAUAUAGAUACAAUGACACUGUACUGUUGUCAGUGGGUCAAACCAUCCAAAUAUAUGACGUCAGAGGCAACACUUGGAUACAUCUACACACAGAGAAAUGUAAUCAUAUACCUCAUGCAAUAGCUCAAACCAAAGUCCUGUACGAGGUGUAUGUUGCCUUUGGUAAUUAUAUUGCUGUUUACAACAUCAAGGAAGGAAAUCAAAUGUUUCUCUUGAGAAAAAUCCCGAUGAGUCCUGGGGUUACGAUCCAAAGCUUCACUUUAAUGGACGAUACUAUAAUCUGUGCAGAUAAUAGUGGAAUCACGAUACUAAAUCCGGAUUUUUCCGUAAAGGAAAAACGAAAUAUCAAGAUAGAUGGAGGUAUUGCUUACGUGGCUGCGUCGAAGAAAACGAAGAGAAUUGCGUUUGUGAAGAAGACUGGUAAUGGGGAACGAAUAGUCACCUCUCAAAACUUGAGUGGAGACGUGAACUUUGAAUACAAAAUGAAACACAAAGACUUACGCGGCAUUGCAUUUGAUUCGCAGGAUAACAUUUAUGUAUGUGACUUUCAUGAAAAGAAUGAACUUGUUCAAAUAAGUUCCGAUGGAAAAAAAUUGAGAACUAUCAGGUCAGAAAUAUCUUACCCUUACAGCAUAUCAUUCCAUCCUGAGGGCCACAGAUUCCUGGUUUUAUCAACUAAUGAAGGGCAAUGUCGAAUAUAUGAAAUACCACAGUCGGAGAACUAAUAUGCUAUGUGUAGAUUUUUUUGAUUUGUUUUAUAUAUAAUAAAUAUUGUGACAAUUCUCUCUCUCUCUCUCUCUCUCUCUCUCUCUCUCUCUCUCUCUCAUUUUCAAAUUGCAAAGUGUUGUUCAGGGGCUUAAGUCCAUGUUGUUCCAGAUUGUUUUAAAACCAGAGACCCCUGUAAUACUUUAUCAUCACGAUGUUUAGAAGUGUUAAGUAUAGGUAUUUUAAUGUUGUGAUGGAAAGAAAGUGUUAAGUUUUAACUACAGAAGGCAAUGUAAACAUUUCUUUUUGUUUUGUAAAGGAAGUGUUAGGUUUCAACUACAGAGAACAAUUAUUGUGAUUUAAAGGAAUUGUUUGAUUUCAAUGCAAACAUUAUAUUGCUAUGACGGAGGUGUUAGAUUUUGACUUCAGAAAACUGUAAACUUAUGAUUUUUGUGAUGCGAAGGAAUUGUUAGGUAUUGACUUCAGAAAACUGUAAACUUUUGUGAUGUGAAGGAAUUGUUAGAUAUUGACUUCAGAAAACUGUAAACUUUUGUGAUGUAAAGAAAUGUUAAGUAUUGACUACAGAAAACUGUAAACAUUUUGAUUUUUGUGAUGUAAAGGAAGUGUUAGGUGUUGACUACAGAGGACCUUUACACUACAGUAUUCAUUUGUACAAGAGAACUAAGACGUGUCAUAAACCUG